GGUCGGUGGAAGGACUGGUGGAGUUGGAGCGGCGGCGACAGUAGUAGCAGCAGCAGCAGUGUAGCAACAGCAGCAGCAGCGGCGACACCAUGGCACAAGCCGCCAAACAGCUCCGCAAGACCAAGGACCUCGCUGAGGCCGCCGCCCAGGAGCAGAGGGAGAAGGAAGAGGAGAAGAUCAAAAAGAGGAAUCGAUCCAGGGACCGUAGGCGCAAGGUAGGCAUGGCCGAUGCAACCACCAGCUUUCUGCGUGCAGCACGAUCAGGCAACCUGGACAAAGCUCUGGACCACAUCAAGAAUGGAAUAGACAUCAAUAUAGCUAAUCAAAACGGCCUCAAUGGGUUACAUCUGGCUUCUAAAGAAGGUCAUGUGAAGAUGGUUCUGGAGCUCCUUCAUGAUGGCAUUGAACUAGAGGCCACCACCAAGAAAGGAAACACAGCUCUCCAUAUCGCAGCGCUGGCAGGCCAGGAGAAAGUAGUGGCUGAGCUUGUCAAUUAUGGAGCCAACGUGAAUGCCCAGUCACAUAAAGGGUUCAGUCCUCUCUACAUGGCAGCACAGGAGAAUCACCUCGAGGUGGUCAAGUUCCUGCUUGAGAACAGUGCCAAUCAGAGUCUCCCAACUGAGGAUGGCUUCACUCCUCUAGCAGUUGCCCUCCAGCAGGGCCACGAAAAUGUUGUAGCACUGCUCAUCAACUAUGGCACUAAAGGCAAGGUCCGACUCCCUGCACUGCACAUCGCUGCUCGAAAUGAUGACACGCGCACCGCAGCCGUGCUUCUGCAGAACGACCCCAAUCCUGAUGUUCUCAGCAAGACUGGUUUCACACCUCUCCAUAUUGCAGCCCACUAUGAGAAUAUGAGCGUUGCCCAGCUGCUGUUAAACAGAGGAGCCAACGUAGACUUCAUCCCAAAGAAUGGCAUUACACCCCUUCAUAUUGCCUCCAGGAGGGGCAAUGUGAUGAUGGUCAGACUCCUGCUGGACAGAGGGGCUCAGAUCGAUGCCAAAACUAAGGAUGAACUAACUCCGCUUCACUGCGCAGCCAGAAACGGACAUGUUCGCAUCAUUGAGAUCCUGCUAGAACACGGUGCUCCCAUCCAAGCUAAAACCAAGAAUGGUCUGUCCCCCAUCCACAUGGCAGCACAGGGGGAUCAUAUGGACUGCGUAAGACAGCUACUCCAAUACAACGCAGAGAUUGACGAUAUCACGCUGGACCAUUUAACCCCUCUUCAUGUAGCAGCCCACUGUGGUCACCAUCGCAUGGCCAAAGUUCUUCUGGAUAAGGGAGCCAAAGCCAAUGCUCGAGCUCUGAAUGGUUUCACGCCUCUCCAUAUUGCAUGCAAGAAGAACCACAUUCGGUCAAUGGACUUGCUGCUCAAACACUCCGCUUCCUUAGAAGCUGUCACAGAGUCUGGCCUCACUCCUCUCCAUGUAGCAGCUUUCAUGGGCCAUCUGAACAUAGUGAAGAACCUUCUCCAGAGAGGGGCUUCUCCUAAUGCUUCCAAUGUUAAAGUGGAGACUCCCCUCCACAUGGCCUCCAGAGCAGGACACUGUGAAGUUGCACAGUUCUUGCUCCAGAACGCAGCACAAGUGGACGCCAAAGCGAAGGACGACCAGACCCCUCUUCACUGUGCGGCCCGUAUGGGACACAAGGAGCUUGUCAAGCUGCUACUUGAGCACAAGGCCAACCCUGAUUCAUCUACAACGGCAGGCCACACACCCUUACACAUCGCUGCACGUGAAGGUCACAUUCACACCAUUCGCAUCUUGUUAGAUGCCGGAGCGCAACAGACCAAAUUGACAAAGAAAGGCUUCACCCCCCUCCACGUGGCCUCUAAAUACGGAAAGGUGGAUGUAGCAGAGCUCCUUCUCGAGAGAGGCACCAAUCCCAACGCAGCUGGCAAGAACGGUCUGACCCCCCUUCAUGUGGCAGUUCACCACAACAACCUGGAUGUUGUUAAACUGCUGGUCAGCAAGGGAGGCUCUGCACACAGCACUGCACGAAACGGUUACACCCCCUUGCAUAUAGCCGCCAAGCAGAACCAGAUGGAGGUGACCAAUUGCCUGCUGCAGAAUGGGGCCUCGCCCAAUGCCGAGUCCCUCCAAGGAAUCACGCCUCUACAUCUGGCUUCGCAAGAGGGACGACCCGACAUUGUGGCUCUGCUCAUCUCUAAGCAAGCUAAUGUAAAUUUAGGAAACAAGAAUGGUUUGACACCUCUACAUCUUGUAGCACAGGAGGGUCAUGUGGGCAUUGCCGACACACUGGUUAAACAGGGUGCUUCUGUUUACGCUGCUUCACGGAUGGGCUACACUCCCCUUCACGUUGCCUGUCACUAUGGUAACAUCAAGGUGGUCAAGUUUCUUCUGCAGCAGCAGGCUCACGUGAACAGCAAAACACGGAUGGGCUACACCCCUUUGCACCAGGCAGCUCAGCAGGGUCACACUGAUAUCGUCACCCUGCUGUUGAAACACGGAGCACAGCCCAAUGACAUCACAUCGAAUGGGACGUCUCCACUGGGCAUUGCAAAGCGUCUGGGAUAUAUCUCUGUUAUCGAUGUGCUCAAACUGGUGACUGAGGAAUCUGUUUCUGCGAUCACGACAGAAAAGCAUCGAAUGAGUUUUCCUGAGACAGUGGAUGAAAUCUUGGACGUCUCGGAGGAUGAAGGUGUUGCCCAGCUAACGUUAGGAGACGAGUUGCUUGGUAUGGACGGAGCGCGCUAUUUGAAGCUUGACGACUUCAAGGAUCAAGACGAUGACUUUCUCUCCCCGAAGAAGACUCUUAGAGACUUUGAGGGAGGUGUGGGAACCACGCCGUAUUCUCCCGCCAUUCCUAGGAUCCCUUGUGUUUCGCCAGAGACUGUUCUUCUUGAUCAGCAGACCCCCAUCCCACUGCCAAAGGAGUAUGACGAAGAUUCUCUUAUCCCGAGCAGUCCAGCGACAGAAACCUCAGACAACGUCAGCCCUGUGGCCAGCCCCAUUCACACCGGCUUCUUGGUGAGCUUCAUGGUGGACGCUCGUGGAGGCUCCAUGCGAGGCAGCAGACAUCACGGCCUUCGAGUGAUUAUCCCUCCUCGGACAUGCGCUGCACCAACACGCAUUACCUGUCGUCUGGUCAAACCUCAGAAACUGACCACGCCCCCUCCUCUGGUGGAAGGGGAGGGCCUUGCCAGCCGCAUCAUCUCUUUAGGGCCAUCCAGCAUGCAGUUUCUUGGGCCAGUUAUAGUGGAGAUCCCUCAUUUCGCCUCACUUGCUCGGGGGGACCGAGAGCUUGUGGUCCUCCGUAGCGAGAACGGCUCUGUUUGGAAAGAACACCGGAAUCGCUAUGGCGACGAAGUGCUGGAAACUAUUCUGAAUGGAAUGGAUGAAGAGCUAGAAAGUGAAGAGGAGUUGGAUAAGAAGAGAAUCCGUCGGAUCAUCUCUACCGACUUCCCCUUGUACUUUGCCGUGGUUUCAAGAAUUCAGCAAGAGAGCGAUCUGAUUGGUCCGGAGGGCGGGAGGCUGACCGGUAAACUUGUACCCCACGUUGAGGCCAUCUUCCCAGAGACAGCUGUAACCAAAAGAGUGAGACUGGGCCUACAGGCCCAGCCUAUCCCUGAUGAGCUGUUGACUCGACAACUUGGCAACCAGGCGACCUUCAGUCCGGUGGUAACCAUCGAACCACGUCGACGCAAAUUCCACCGUCCAAUUGGGCUCCGCAUCCCGCUUCCUCCGUCCUGGCGGGAGAGCCCUCGCGAUGCUGGGGAGGGCGACACCACAAGCCUGCGUCUACUCUGCAGUGUCAUUGGUGGGACAGCACCUGCUCAGUGGGAGGACAUUACUGGAACCACCAAGCUGAUGUAUGCAAACAGCUGUGCCAACUUCACCACUAAUGUCUCUGCAAGAUUUUGGCUAGCAGAUUGUCCCCGUACUGCAGAGGCUGUGACCUUUGCCAAUCUGCUAUACCGUGAGCUCAUGGCAGUACCUUAUAUGGCUAAGUUUGUCAUAUUUGCAAAGAUGAAUGAAACACGGGAAGGACGGUUACGUUGUUACUGCAUGACGGAUGACAAGAUGGACAAGACGUUGGAGUUGCAUGAAAACUUCACCGAAGUCGCACGUAGUCGAGACAUUGAGCUGAUGGAGGGCAUGCCGCUGCACCUGGAGUGUUCUGGAAACCUGGUACCAAUCAGGAAGGCCACGCAGCAGCCUCGCAGCUUCAGCUUCCAGGCCUUCAGAGAUAACAGGCUGCCUGUUUCUGUCAAGGUCAGAGAUAGUAACAAAGACGCCACAGGCUUUUUGUCCUUUCUGAGAAAGUGCACGAAAUAUGAGGAUGCACAACAUGUGCUCUGUAACCUCAACAUAGCCAUGCCACCCUGUGUCAAGGUCGUUGGAAGUGAAGAACGGAGGCGAACUUUAACCCCUCUCGCCCUGAGGGAGCGCUACAGUGCUCUGAAUGAGCCUGGUUUGGCUACAGUCAACGCCAUGGAGAGGGCUGAGAGCAAAAUAAACAUCAUAUCGGAGCAACUGGGUUUAAGCUGGGCAGAGUUGGCAAGAGAGCUCCAGUUUGGUGUGGAUGACGUCAAUAGGAUCCGUGUGGAGAAUCCCAACUCACUGCUGGACCAGAGCUCCACUUUACUCAAUCUAUGGGCCAGCAGAGAGGGCAAGAGAGCAAAGAUGGAGAGCCUGUACACUGCUUUGAAGAAUAUUGACCGGGCAGACAUUGUGAGCUCUCUGGAGGGUCAGGCCCCACUACUGGCACCAGGUUCUUCAGAGGAGGGAGCCUGCCGACUGGGUGACGGUGACUCCACGUUUCUUUCUCCCAGUGUCAUCAAUGAGGUGACGGACACAAGGCCAUCACGCCUCGUGCACAAGCCCCGAGUUAUUAGACCCCCGUUUUUCAAAAGGGGUUAUGGACUAGUUCAGGAGGAUCUUCUGUCUCCAGCCUCCAUGCAGUACAAUUUACCCUCUCCUCUGGGGGCAGAGCCUUACUGGCAGGAAGUCUCCAGUCUGGAAUGUGCCCCCAUGGCGGCCACCGAGGAAGACACUUUGAUGGAAAUGUCUGACGUCCAGGUGUGGCCAGCCGGGGUCAGCCCGUCGCUAGUCACCGUGGAAGACUACUCUUUGGAUGGCAGCAGUCGAGCGGACGACUCGGAGGGCGCCACGCUCUCUCUUCCCUACAGCUUGGGCCGCCCCAGCAGUGGAGCCAGUGGGGCGAGCGGCUCCAUCAUGGAGCUGGAGGAAGAGGAGGAUGGGGAGGUUGAGGAGGAGGAGGCGCCACUGGAGCCAAUGAGCGCGCUGGCGGAAAAGGACCAGGUCAGAGCCAGUGGCGCCGUUCCCAAGGUCAACUUGAACGGCCAGUUGGGAGGUCAGAGGUUGGAUGGGAGCAGAGGGGAGGCUCUUGGGACAGGAGGAGUAGCAAAAAGAGGCGGGACAGGGCUUCUUGGUUCAGUGGAAGGAAUUUCUCUUGUUUCAGGCCAACAGGCGUACGGCCAGUGUGAGAUGUCCACUUUGAGCCGAGCUGGCGAACACAAUGGCGACAACCGAUUGGUCGGCGGCGGUGCGUUUCAACCCUACCUACCUGAAAAGGACACCCUGCAGGGCUGGGUGGGAUCAGUAUCGUCGGGACGAGACAUCAGCGCAUCAGGCCUCCGCGCUGCCCAAGAGGCUCUGCUGACUCCGAGGGAGGAGAAAGAAGAUUUUGCUGCUGAUGAACACAGAAGCAGGCUGAAUCGAAAAAUGGGUGCGGAUGUGAGAAGGACUACUCAGUUGGUGAAGCGCACCAGCCUUCGGAAGGCUAAACACUGAAACACAACACACACAACUUGGUCCACGAGGACAAGAGAGACUCUGCCAAAAGUUCCUCGACAACAUCACAACCGGCGCGCAAAGGAAAGUGAGCAACAAUAGAGAACGGCAAGGACUACCAAACUACAAAAUGACACUCAUUAAAUGAACCUCAACAUGUGACACACGCACACACACAGAUAAAAAGGGUGUGAGAGUUUAACUUGUAGUUUUAUAACAUUUGUAAAGUAUCACAUUAACAAAGGCAUGAGGAUUUUUCUAGAAAACCAUCUUAAAAAGAACUAAUGUCACUGAAAACAAGACAACAAAAAGUGCUUCCUGUGAACCGUAACUGCAUGACGACUUCUGGUGCAUGACCUUUGACCUUUUGUCAUUAUUUACAAACUGAAGGGAGUACAAGGUAGAACAUAAUACUGCAGCUGAAAAAAGUGCUUUCAGGUUGAAGCCUGCCAUCGCUUCUUUUCAGUGGACCCUUUUUGUUCUCCUUGUGUGGUUCUGUAUACAGUAUGCGCUCUCUGCUGUGUGAACGCGUGUGCAUGCUUUCCCCGCCAAAGCUCUGUGAUGUCACGGCGUGCUGAGCAGCUCUGGAAUGAAAACCGAAUGUCCUCUUGUGCUGAAUUUGCCUUCCCUGUUGUCCGAUCGAAAGCGUUUUAUUUUUUUUUUUUUGGGAAGAACUAUUCUUGCUUGCUUGCGAUGUGCAGCAAACUUUAUAUUUGUCCACUCUUCUAUCUUCUUUCUCCCGGUAGCCAACAUCAUUCCAACCCAAACCAGUAGCCUCACUUGAUAUGCAGAACAAUCCAGGGCCUCAUCUGCAGCGCUUUCCCUUCCACUCGAUGUCUAAAAGUCAGUGUGCCGCAUGUGUGAGGCAAAGUAUGCCGUGAUUGCGAGGGUUCCUAGAAUGCCAUUGUGCUGCUGUGACACAUGAUUGUGCGAGGAAAACGUGCAGCAAAAGGCAGCAAUGUGAUUGUCUCGCUCUCUCCGACCCCAGACUUGUGAUCUGUCGACAUAAAACAGAAGCACACACACAUCACAAAAUCAUAUCAUGAAGGACUGUAUGGGCGGGGUUGCGCGGAAAGUGUGAAUUUGCCACAGCAAUAAAAUGCAUCGCGGGAAAGUAGACUUGUACCUUGUUUUUUUAAAUCGCCUGGACAACACUGGAACAUGUGUACUGCAUGGGCUUUGACCCCACGCUGACACAAGAUCACACCAGACAGCAUUCGGUGUAGCAACUGAUCAACUAAUUUUAUGUUACAAUAGCAGACACCAUGAAUAUUUACCAUUUGUUGUCUUUGUGUUGGUAUAUGUUCAAAUACCUCCUGGAUCAAGACACGCUGCUUACGUUUUAUGCAGAAACCUAAUGGAUUAUGCCGGGUGGGGUCAUAUUAUGGUAGCAUACGUCCACAAACACACCAUCCAUGAGGACUGUCAAUGAUACUGUAGCCUGCAUUUGCGAGAUUGACAGAAUGAAUGAACAAAUUAUUUUUGCACAUGACACAUUUUCUGCAUGCGUGUUUGCCUCAUUAGAUAUGUUUCACUUUUUCCACUCAGGUUUUGGUUUGGUCUACUUGUUGUUUUUGUGCAGAGCCCUACUCUUUGAGAUGCAAGAAUGACAAUGUUGGUGGACUGUUUUGUCCUGUUACAUUUUUCUUUUUAUAUACUGUAGGUCAAGUAUGAUGCGUUGUUAAUGUGUGAGAGAUGAGUGGUUCUCAAACUUGUUGGAUCAUGUAAAAAAAUAAAAAGAACGUUUUUGCAGUCGUGCCACUCGGAAGAUGAACCUACGAUGUACUUUAAAAAGUAUUGUAAAAAAAUACUGUCGAGAAGAAUAGAGCUCACUUAUACUCCUUUAGAAUGGAUACAUGACAAUGUAAACGCAAUAUCAUAUUACUCUAUCCUAAGGAAUGCAACUGCACCCAUGCACAAAAAAAGUUUUUAUGAAAAUAUGUGUAUAAAAAUGAUAUAUGACAAAAUAUACAGUAUUUCAUUAGAAUGCUAUGCACCCUCUUAGAGUUGUUAUGGAUGUUCUUUAAGCGUUGUCUAGUUAGCCAACGCCCACACAGUGGGAAAUGUAGAGGCUUUGACCACUUGUUUUAUUUUCUUUUAUAUUGCCUCCCUGCCCCCCAAAAUGAUUUAAUGAAGAAAAAAACCAAGAAAUGUAUACAAGCCUUUUAAUCAGAACCAUUCUGACCUAAAGAUAUGUAUAGCUCAUCUUACCCUGUACACCAGCUCAAACCAUUUAAUAAACAAAGAUGUGACAUAGAUG